UGCAUCAUACAGAAAAGUGUGUAUUAUUAGAUCAAUUUUGUGUUAAACCUCUCGAUUGCAUUUGUUUCUUUCCCUAAUAAUUCUUCAGUUGUUUAUCAUUAGACAACACGUAGAGAUGUUCAUCCAAUUCCAUUAAACUUCAAGUUCAAAUAUAUACAAUGCCAGGGAUGGCGGACAUGGGGAUGGUGUGGAUGGGCUCCGGACAGACAGCUGACAUGUCCCUGGGGCUCAUGCCCACGGAUUCUGGGGAAAUUCUACUGGAUCAUGAAACCACAUAUUACCCAUCCCACCACAGCACAUCCAAUCAUUCGAUGGACGAUCUGGGAAAUAUACACAAUUCUCCAAUGGUCAUGGACGGUUUGGAUUUGCUCAACAUGGGUGAUAGCAAUGAUAGCAGCUACACUGAGGAAGAUGCCCAGCAAGUAUAUAUGAUAACUACAGCUACACAGACACUGCCAUGUCCAACAAAGAAGAUCAAACCCAUCAAACAUCCUGGUUUGGUGCUGAAAACGCCAAUAGCCUAUCAAAGCAAUACAGAUCCUUCAGUGAUACCCAUCCAUAAGGAUGGAAUAGCUGUAUGCGAGAAAUGCGGUGCCAUCGGGGUGAAACAUGCCUUUUACACGCGAGAGAGGAGAUUCUGCAGCAUGGCUUGUGCACGAGGCUACAUCCCGGACUCCUUGCCAAACACCACCGGGACGCAAACGCCAGACUCGCAGUUCUCGGAGCACCAGUUCAAAAUGGAUACACAGGAGGAUAUGUCGGAGUACUCCAGUGAUCAGCCUUUCCCUCAACUGCCAAAGCAAGACGAGACGCCGAUAGACGACAACCUGACGCUCAUCAGGCGGACGAACGCUGACAUCAUGAACAGCUACGAUUGGGAUGUGCAGCUGAAGGAGCCGCUGUUCGUCGCGGCUCCGGUGAAAUGUUUCCCAUCUGCGCCAAUGUGCGACAGCUGGGACAACAUUAUGGUGGGCAUGAAGGUCGAGGUGGAAAACACCGAUUGUGAUAAUAUCUCGGACGCGUUUCCCGACUCGUUCUGGGUAGCCACGGUGAUCAAGAUUAUAGGCUACAAAGCACUCCUAAGGUACGAGGGCUUCGGACAGAAUAUUACCAAAGAUUUUUGGAUUUCGCUGUGCUCGAAUCAGGUCCAUCCGGUUGGAUGGUGCGCGUCCAUCGGUAAACCGCUUAUCCCGCCGAAGACGAUAGAGAACAAGUACAGCGAUUGGAAGGAGUUCCUUAGGAAGCGGCUUACCGGCGCCAGGACGCUACCAUCGAACUUCGGCAUGAAGAUCUCGGACUCGCUAAAAUCCCGGUUCAAGUGCGGCUUGAACCUGGAGGUUGUGGACAAGAACCGAAUCUCGCAGGUAAAGAUCGCCAUGGUUCACAGGAUAGUCGGAAAGCGGUUGAACGUUAAGUAUUAUGAUAUGACGCCUGAAGAUACGGGUUUCUGGUGUCACGAGGAUUCGCCGUUGCUGCACCCUGUGGGAUGGGCGAAGAGGGUCGGUCAUCAUAUAGUCGCGCCGAGCAGCUACAUCCAGAAGGUCAACGAUGGAACGUUCGACGAUAACGAUGCCACGGACGAUCUGUUCAAUGCCAUUCAGGUCGGAUCUAAGGAUAAAUGCACCGAGUUCGCGGUCGGCAUGAAACUGGAAGCGAUCGAUCCGCUGAACCUGAGUUCCAUCUGCGCUGCGACGGUCAUGGACGUGCUGAACUGCGGCUACAUCAUGAUCAGAAUAGACACGUACGAGUCGGACGCGACCGGUGCCGACUGGUUCUGCUACCACAAGAACUCUCCGUGCAUCUUCCCCGUCGGCUUCUGUCUGAAGAACAGCAUCACGCUCACUCCGCCGAAGGGCUACGAAGCGAAGCUGUUUUCGUGGCCCGUCUACCUCCUAGCCACCAGUAAUGUGCCUAUCCCCGAAAAUCUGUUGAACAGUUACAUACCGCCGCACGGCUUCAAGGAAGGAAUGAAGAUAGAGGCGGCCGAUCUGAUGGACCCGAGGUUGGUGUGCGUAGCAACCAUAGCCCGUGUCGUCGGUCGUUUGCUGAAGGUACACUUCGACGGUUGGGAAGAGGAGUACGAUCAGUGGUUAGACUGCUACUCUCCCGACAUCUAUCCAGUCGGCUGGUGCUUUAGUGUUGGUCAUAAGCUCGAGGGUCCACCGGUGCCGCUCAAACAGGGCCAGAAGUUGAUCACGCCGACGAAAGGCAUCAAACGGAAAGGCCGCAAGAAGAAGAUCAAGGAUAGCCCGCCGAAGACGAGCUUCACUAAAACGUUCAAACGGGAGGAGGUGCUCAAGCAGACGUCGUCGGUGGCGAAAUCUUCCGAUUCGAACGAAGAGAUUGACGUCGACAUCGACGAGGUCGUGGAUGAGCCAGAAACAGGAGCUGAACCUGCAGGUCCUGAUCAGAGUUUGCCCGUCUCCACGGAACCUUCGCCUCCCUCGGAGCGAAAAGUUUCCUCAUACAUAACUUCUAGCAACAGUAAUGCAAGUACAAAACAUAUACCUCGUUUAGUUGAUAGUAGUGGCGGAUCGUACGAGUCUAACGAACUUUGUCCAAAUGAGUGGAAUGUUUUCGAUGUCGCUCAGUUUCUUAGAGUGAACGACUGCGCCAACUAUUGCGACAAUUUCAGUAGACAGCGGGUCGAUGGAAAGAUGCUGCUGAACUUGAACAAGGAGGACAUCCUUAAUUUCACCGGCGGAAAGGUCGGUCCGUCGCUGAAGAUCUACGACCUGGUGCAGCAGCUGAAGAUGAAGUUGAACCCGUUGCAGUCGCGCCACAUGAAAGCGAAUAUCAAAAAGAUUUUAUAGUGCCUACACAACACGGACGAGACGUCGCGUACAACAUCAAGCCGCCGUCGUCGCAAUCGUCCCCCGAUCGCCAUCUAUUUUAUUAAUUGUACACACGGAUCGCGGACGGCUGCGACGGCGACUCGUCGCAUGGAUAUCAUUUUAUUUAAUUAUGCUUAUGUAUUUAUAUAUAUUACGUUUAUAUGUAUAUUUGAAGUUUGGGAUACGACGCUGUAUCUUCGGUUAAGCAAGCGGCAUGCAGACAGGCAGCAGCAACAGUCUCGUAUAACUAUUAUUUAUGAUCAAUCAAAUAAUUUAUAAGUAAGAAAAUUACUAGAGUUUUUAAUUAGUUUUAACAAGAAUAUAUAUAUAAUACAUAUCUCUCUUUCUCUAUUCACUUUCUUUGAUCAAUCACAUCAUGCAGCGUUUACUUUGUUUUUCUGAUCGGUUAAAAUCGUUUUCUCUUUUGUUUUUUUUUAAUUGCCACACGCCACUCGAUUAACUUUGUGAAACGGAAUUAAUCGAACAAACGUCGAGUAGCGUGCGGCCACCUUUACACACUAUAUUUGUUUCAACUGCGUCUCUUCUUGUAAACUAAUAUAAAAUCUUUAUGUUAAUAAUAACGUC